AUGGAGGAGGAAGAGAACAACAAGCUGGCCUUCCUGGAUGUCCUCGUAUGCCGCAAGGAUUGUGGUGGACUAAAGACCAAAGUGUUCAGGAAAACGACAAAUACGAUGCAAGUACUGAACUUCAACAGCAACCACCCAAUCAGACACAAACGAAGUUGUGUAAGGACGCUCUAUCGGCGCGUCGAAACGCACUGCAGUGAGCCGGAAGACAAAAUUGCUGAACUACAAUACCUCCGACGGGUAUUCAAAGCCAAUGGCUACCCGCGCAACUUUGUCAACCGGUGCAUACGCAAAAUGGACGAAAGGCCUAACCGCAGGGACACCAAAGUUUGGCGAGCGCUUCCAUAUGUCAAGAACGUUUCGGAAGCUGUUGGCCGUCUUCUCACACCACUUGGGGUUGGAAUUGCACACAGGCCGGAGGCAACCACCAGGCGUCAAUUGAUGAAACCGAAAGACCCACUGCCACGGCAAGAAACUUCUGGAGUCGUUUAUCGGAUUUGGUGCAGUUACGGACAAAGCAACUACGUCGGAGAAACCGGAAGACGGCUCCGAACGCGAAUGGCCGAACACGCUGCAGCAGUGCGGAGAAAUGACGCCAGCUCUCAAGUUGCGGCUCGUUCGACGGGUUCUGGCCACACAUUCAAAUUUGACGAGGCCGAAAUUCUCGCAAGAGUUGACAACCGCGUGAGCCGGGAGCUGCUUGAGUCAUGGUUCACUGGCCCCCAGUCUAUUAACAAGUGCAAUGAUCUUCCCAUUCAAUACAGCGUGCUGAGACUUCGUCUAGGCGGAGUAAUUGGCCACGCGGGGAGCGCCCUGAUGAACACUCUUCCCAACACCCGGGUCAGCGUGUCAGAUGGUCGAGCAAUCAUCACACCAACAUCCAACGCACGUGAUGAAAUUGCAGCAAUUAACGACGCGAAUAUCGACCAUCACGCCACGUGCAACGAUCCCCGAUGA